AUGACUGUCUCCAACGGGGCCUUGAGCCCGUCCCAACCGCUCAAGCAUGGUGAUUGGCGCGACGAUCUUCAGGAAAAAGGUUAUGUUGUACUCAAGAACGUCAUAUCCAAAGAGCGAGCCCUCUACUAUCACCACAAUAUGCUGUCCUGGCUUGACUCAUUUGACAAUGGCUUCGAUAUCAAAGACCAGAGUACCUGGACCGAAGAGAACUUGCCGUGGAGCUUCAAAAAUGGCAUGUAUCUCAAUUAUUGUGUUCAACACGAGAAGUUCAUGUGGGAAGCGAGGCAAGAGAAAGGCGUUCUGGACGCCUUUACAAAGCUUUGGGGUACCGAAGAGCUGAUAGCUUCGUACGAUACGGUCAAUAUCACCCUUCCCAACGCUGCGAAGAUGGGUGGCGUAACUCCGUGGCCACAUGUUGAUCAGGCCCCCGAACGACACGGGAUGCACUGUGUUCAAGGUUUCCUUAAUCUCUCUGAAUCUGGUCCCAAGGACGGUGGCUUAGUUGUCAUGGAGGGCAGCGCGCCGUUGUUCGAGAAGUUCUUCACAGAGUUUCCACCCGACAGGACCAAGGGCCCACUCGCCGCCCUCCACUACGACUUCUAUCCUUUCGAGGAUAAGGAUCUCAAGUGGUAUGAAGCACACGGCUGCAAGAUCGUCAAGGUGUGUGCUGAGCCCGGUGAUCUGGUGCUUUGGGACUCUCGACAGAUGCACUACGCCGUCUAUCCCGAAACCGAUCUCAUUCGUACUGUCAUUUACACCUGUUUUACACCAUCCGCGUGGAUCUCCGAGGAGGAUCGAGAGAAGAAGAAGGAAAUCUUCCAAAAGUGGGAAGGUACUACACAUUGGCCCCAUAUCAACAUUCACUCGCAUGGGAAACAUAUGAUUGAUGGCAAGUUGGAUCCAUUGGAACGAACGGAACCAUUGGAGAAGCCGGAAAUUACAGACAAGCUAGAGAAAUUGGCUGGUUUGAAGCCUUACUAG